GUAGCAUUGCUCAGUAGAACUUCCUGUAAUUCAGUCAUGUUGUGACAAGCAGCACCCCUCCCCUCAAAAGAAACUGGCAGGAAGACCGUGUGGAUUGUAGUGCAGUCCUCCUGAAUGCAUGCCUGUCUAAAGGUGCUGCUGCUCUCCAGACAGGGCUGAGAAGGGCUCGGGCCGCCCUCUAUUCCGCCUCUUAGUGAUUGGCCAGACUUGCAGAACUUUUCUCUUUUCAUCCUGCCUUUUUUUCAUUUUUUUCUUUGAGAAGUUGACUUGCUGCUUCUGCUGCUCAGAGUGCACGUCAGCUGUAAUCUUGGUCUCCAGUGACUUCCACUGACACCAUGAGCUCAGAGUCAGAUGAACCAAAAGAAGUGGCGACAGAUCUUUUCAGUUCCAAAUAUCUGGCUGUCCAGGCCCAGAAGAAAAUUCUUGGCAAGAUGGCGUCUUCUAAAUACAUCGCAACAUCUUUGAUUGAUGACACCAGUGGCGAAGUGUUGGAUGAGCUCUACCAAGCAACUAGAGAGUUCACCCAAAGCAAGAAAGACUCUGAGAAAAUUAUCAAGAACCUCAUCAAGAUAGUAAUAAAGCUGGCUGUCCUGUACAGAAAUAAUCAGUUCAACCAGGAUGAGAUUGCACUUAUGGAAAAGUUGAAGAGGAAAGUCCACCAGAUGGCCAUGACCGUGGUCAGCUUUUAUCAAGUGGAAUAUACAUUUGACCGCAACGUGCUCUCGAAAUUGCUGAAUGAAUGUCGGGAGCUUCUUCAUCAAGUGACUCAGCGUCAUCUCACAGCAAAGUCUCACGGACGUAUCAACAACGUGUUUGAUCAUUUCUCAAAUUGCGAGUUCUUGGCGGCUCUGUACAACCCAUUUGGACCUUACAAAAUCCAUCUUCAGAGACUUUGCGAAGGUGUGAACAAAAUGUUAGAUGAUGACAAUAUCUAAUGAUGGAACGUUGAGGUGUUUGAAGAUAAAAGCUGAAAAAAUUCAAUUAUGGAGCAAAUGGCUACCAAGGAGUAAGAGACCAUUCAUUAAAUGGCAUUUUAUCUGCUGAGGGUAACACUGGAACCGGGUUGUCAUGUCAUACAGUGCCGCUUACUGGUUCUUGCUGGAGAGUUGUUACUAAGCAGUGAUAUGCAGUAAGUUCCCUGAGAGACUUGUAAGUGGAAAACACCUUGUAUGCGGUGGAUUACACAGAAAUGGGAAUUUUACAAAGAAUUUCUGCAGAUGAAAAGUUGGGGGGAGGGGGGGGGGGGUGCUAUUUAUGGCCUUGAAGAAAGAUUCUUUAGUAUGAAACGCGGACGUGUUUCCCUGCAGUGUAUUAUACAUAUGCCCUGAUCCUUUAUGCAUUAUUUCCUGAUCAGUGACAAGGCAGCUUCUUUUUGUUUUUGCUUCUGUUCUCCAACCUUUGUAGGUACUAUAUUCAUACCGAUCUGCCAUGGGAGUGCACUGCUUUUUAGAGAUCAUCGUUGAUACCAGUAUCCAUAUUGUGAAAGGUUCUUCAUUUGUGAGUGUAGACAGCAGAAUUGCACUUUCUUAUGUCCUCAUAAAACUGUCUUAUGAAAAAAAUAAAAAUCUAUCCAUCAGA